ACAGUGAGUCAUUUUAUUGACUGGAUCCAGAAGUCAAGAAGAACAGGAAGCACUCGCAAGACGCUGCUUCAUGUGCAGGAACAAAAUAUCAUGUCGUCUGAUUGACUACAGACAGAAUAAAACAAGAACGUUUUGGUUUCUAUAUCCCUGUGGUACACGUGGGGCAGUUUUUGGUACCGUGACAUCAAUUCUGGUGACUCUAAACCCUUCUGGACUUUGCAACAGGUUGAUAAAAUCACUGUCUUGAAAUCAAACCUGAAUCGAGAUGUUGGACGGAAUCAAGAUUGAGGAUCAGUUGAGAUCGGGAGCAGCGUCUUUAGGACUCAUUCUGGGGUCUGAUUGCUCUCAUCAGAAUGUGUGUGAAGGAUGUCAGAGACCCAUUUCUGAUCGAUUCCUCCUGCGCGUGAACGAGUCUUCAUGGCACGAGGAGUGCGUGCAGUGCGCGGUGUGUCAGCAGCCUCUCACCAUGAGCUGUUACUCCAGAGACCGCAAAUUUUACUGUAAACACGACUACCAACAGUUAUUUGCCACCAAAUGCAGUGGGUGUCUGGAGAAGAUCGCGCCCACUGAGUUUGUGAUGCGUGCCCUAGAGAGUGUUUAUCAUCUGGCGUGUUUCUGCUGCUGUGUGUGUGACAGACAGUUGUGUAAAGGAGAUGAGUUUGUACUGAAGGAAGGACAGCUGCUGUGCAAAAACGACUACGAGAAAGAGAAAGACCUACUGCACUCUGUCAGUCCAGAGAUCUCUGACUCGGAAAAAAGUGAGGAUGAAGAUCUGGAUGUGAAGCCAGAGAAAGGUUCAGGAGGUCAGGGAAAAGGCGGCGAUGAUAGCAAAGACCCCCGCAGACCCAAGAGGCCACGUACCAUUCUCACCACCCAGCAGCGACGAGCAUUCAAAGCCUCCUUCGAGGUGUCCUCCAAACCCUGCAGAAAGGUAAGAGAGACACUGGCAGCCGAAACCGGUCUGAGUGUAAGGGUGGUCCAAGUUUGGUUUCAGAACCAAAGAGCAAAGAUGAAGAAAUUGGCCCGUCGACAACAGCAACAACAAGAACAGCAGAACACUCAGAGGCUCGGACAAGAUGUGAUAUCGAGCAGAAUGGAGAAUCUGAUGAACUCCUAUACGCCGUUGGCUCCGCCUCCACAGCAUCAGUUAGUCUCCAUGGAAACAAACGGAUACAGCACAGACCCGUUCCAGCAGGGUCUGACCCCUCCGCAGAUGCCCGGUGAUCACAUGAACCCAUACGGAAACGACUCCAUUUUCCACGACAUCGACAGCGACACGUCCCUCACCAGCCUCAGCGACUGCUUCAUGGCAGGGUCGGAGAUCGGCUCCUUUCAAACCCGCGUGGGAAACCCCAUUGACCGUCUGUAUUCCAUGCAGAGCUCCUACUUUGCAUCCUGAAAGCAAAUGUAGACCCAGACUACACAACCACAAAAACUACCCAUCAGCCAUGACCUGCAACGACAGUUUCACGUACGACAACAAACAUCAAGUACAGGUUCAAAUAGAGUCUGGAGGCAGACGGACAAGACAAACCGAAACGCUUAAACGAAACCAGAUCUUGGUUUUCCUAUGGGAGACAUGCUGAGCGGGUCUUGAGGUUCAAAGGUGCGCUGGAAAAAUGUAUGAGAGACACUGAAGAUGUUUCAGAGACUUUCACGGGACAUUUCCAGCUAUACCACUGGGUGAACAAGAUAAGAUUGGAUCUUAAAUAAUCAUCAGCCUUCUGUUUUAAAACACAAUUUCGAGUAUUUAUGUGAAGACGUGCUGUGCAAAAAACCUCAUGCCGUUUUCCACAAACAGACUUUUUGUAUUUUUUUAUCAUCCUAUCAGAGGACAAACAUGAUGCCGAGCUGUUGAUGUCUUGAUAAAGACUAAAAGCUAUUUAUUACGUCCAUGUGCCAAGUAAACCUGCAAAGCUUUAUUUAAAAUAAAUCGUGUUACGGUAACAUUUUAUGUCCCUGGAAGAGUGUAGUAUUACUGUCAAUGUGUGAAACUGUAUGUUUAUUUUUCGCUGUGCUAUUUAUUUUUUA